GAAAACAACAUUUUCCGUUUCACGCCUGCAUUUUUCCUCCGGCAACGUGCGGCUCACAAAGCUCUAUCAACAAUGGCUUCAGACGAACCAAAGGCAAAGAAACACAAACUUUCAGAGGAUGAAGAUGAGAAAGAUGUGUGUCCUUCAAAAAAGACUCCUCCUAUUCUAAGCCAAAAUUCAUUAUUUGGUAUGGGAAAUCCUUUACUGGACAUCUGUGCUGUAGUGGACAAGGACUUCUUGGACAAAUACGCCCUGAAGCCUAAUGACCAGAUCUUGGCUGAUGACAACCACAAAGCACUAUUUGAGGAGUUGGUGAAGAAGUUCAAAGUUGAAUAUCACGCAGGUGGAGCUACGCAGAACUCUAUAAAGGUUGCUCAGUGGAUGAUCCAAGAACCUCAAAAAGUGGGCACUUUCUUUGGCUGCAUCGGCAAAGACAAGUUUGGGGAGAUCCUGAAACAGAAAGCCGAGGAGGCCCACAUCGAUGCUCAUUACUAUGAGCAGAGCGAGGAGCCGACAGGAACUUGUGCUGCCUGCAUCACUGGUGAUAACAGGUCUCUUGUUGCAAACCUCGCUGCUGCCAACUGUUAUAAAAAGGAUAAACAUCUUGACUUGGAGGAGAACUGGAAGCUCGUAGAAAAGGCCAAAGUCUACUACAUUGCUGGUUUCUUCUUAACAGUUUCUGUGGAGUCCAUCCUGAAAGUGGCAAAACAUGCCUCUGAAAACGACAAAAUGUUUUGUUUAAAUCUGUCUGCGCCCUUCAUCAGCCAGUUCUUCAAAGAUAACCUCAUGCAGGUUAUGCCUUAUGUAGAUGUACUCUUUGGCAAUGAGACGGAAGCAGCAGCAUUUGCCAAAGAGAUGGAAUUUGAGACCAAAGACUUAAAGGAGAUUGCUAAGAAAGCCCAAGAUCUACCAAAAGUCAACAAGGAAAGACCAAGGACUGUUGUAUUUACUCAAGGAAAGGAUGAAACCAUCAUGGCCCUAAAUGAAAAGAUAGAGACAUAUCCUGUGAUAAAAGUCGACCCUAAAGACCUUGUGGAUACAAAUGGGGCUGGCGAUGCUUUUGUGGGAGGUUUCUUAUCAGAGCUGGUUCGGGAGAAGCCUCUAGAUCAGUGUGUGAAAGCUGCUCAUUACGCUGCUAAUGUCAUCAUCCAACGUGCCGGGUGCACAUUCCCAGAAAAACCCAACUUCAGCUGAGACCUGUUUUGCUUGCAGUCAUUUUUAACAGGAAUGGUGUCAACAACAACAACAUCAGAAACAACAACAGAAACUGUUUCUGUUGUUGUUUCUGUUUUGUUUCUGUUGCUGUCAUUUGUUUGUUUCUGUUGUUGAAACAACAACAGAAACAAUUUUUAGUUAUUUAGGUAAAAGUACAGCUUUGUCUGAAAAUUAAUGGUGGCAAAGACGAUAAAUUGAGGAAAAAUGGCGCCUCUGCUUCAUAAAAUGCGUCCAAAAUCUUAUAUAAAACACCCAAGAACAACUAUUAUUUUAUCUACAAUACAAAACCAAUUUUACAAGUAAAACGCCACUGAAUUUGUGCUGUCCACUGAAAGUUUGCAUGUUGUUUAUGUUCUUAUGUGUCAGAGCUGUGUGCUCUCGCCCCUCCCCUGACGUCUGCCCUUCAGUCAUUACCGUACUACAUGUAGUGGCAUUGGAAAGCACCAGGUCUCAGCUUUCAGAGGCUGUUUUAAUGACAAUUGAGCAUUCUAUUGCAGAUUUGCAGAAAUUUGAAAAAAAAGUGCUUUUCAAACUCUUUUGGCACCAAUAACAGCCUGAAAAAUUACCAGAUCACACAAUUGCAUUAUCCAGAUUCGUGGCAGCUGAAACGCCGGCUCUAAUUAAGCCCUGAUUAAGCCCUUUACAAAUACAG